UUUUUUAUAAAAAAAUUCAAAAGUGUUUAAGACACUGUUACUAUAAUUAACCCAUCCAUUUACUACUGAAGAAGAAAACCAAAGAGAGUUUGAUUUAGAGAGCUGAGUCUCUCUAUCAGUUUUCUUUUUCUGGAUAGAGAUUCUGAAUCUAUGGAGGCUUAUAAAAGAUGGGUUAGAAGCAAUAAAGAUUACGUGCACAAUCUCGAUUCUCUUGCCAAUGGAGUGACAUGGCUUCUUCCUGAGCGGAUUUCCGAUUCAGAAAUAGCAUCAGAAGCAGUAAGUGCUAUCUUGGGCAUAAUCACUGCUAUCAAUGAGCAUAUAAUCGACUCCACUCCAACCCAGAUAAAUCCAAGCCUUGUGGAGCCUUUUUGUCUCCCUUAUUCAUUUUGUAUAUCCGCAAUAAAGGAGUUUGAAAGACUUGUUGAAGUUACAGCAGAACAUUAUUAUGGUGAAGAUAAGAAAUGGGAUUUCAUAGCUUUUACAGAAGCAAUGAAGGUUUUAGUUAGGCUUGCUUUGUUCUGGAAUAGUGGAUAUAAGAUGCUUCUGCAUGGAGGAGAAACACCAAAUAUUGAAAAGCAUUCAAAUUUAUCUUCUGAGUGUAACACUGGAGAUUUUUCAAAGCCUAGAAGCCAUAAUAAUAAACUUGGUCAUUCAGAAGAGAAUCCAAGGAAUUUAGAAGGGCAGGCAUUGUCUGCUUUGAGCUUGUUUGGAGAAAAUGCUAGGAUGAUACCUGACCCAGCAUCUUUUGGUGGGAAUCAAAAUCAGCAUGACAUUAUGGAGCUUCCAUCUCCUGUGACUGAGAGAACACCACUUUCCACAAUGUUGUCUGAGAAAGGUUUUCAUGGAGGUUUAUUUGUCGUGGGAGAGGUUCUUUUUAUCACAAGACCUCUAAUUUAUGUCUUGUUUAUCAGAAAAUAUGGAAUCUGGUCUUGGACCCCUUGGUUCCUUUCUCUGGCUAUGGACUUUGUUGGAAUAGGCUUUCUAACACAAGCUACAAAGUCCAGGCAUAGCAGAAAACGACAAGAGCUUAAUCUUACUGGCUCUGAAAAGAAUGAGGUGUCGAUUUUGCAUUUGAAUCAGUUAAAAAGAAGAAAAUUGUUAUGGGCACUUUACCUUAUGAGAGAUCCAUUCUUUGGCAAGUACAUUAGGCAAAGACUUGUAAGCAAGGAAAAACUACUGGAACCUGUUCCGGUUAUCGGACUUCUAACAGUAAAAAUUCUUGAGCUUGUUCUUGGAGCUCAGUCUUGUUACACUUACAUGUCAGGGUCAUGAGAGACAAAUCAGCAGGUAAGUUAGUCUUCUGAUAUACUGCCACAAUAUAGGAAUCUAGUUGGGUUUGUUAUUUUAGUACAUUAUUUACUGAAAUGUUAUUUACUGAAAUGUUAUUACUAAAUUGGCGAUAACCUUUGUGGUGGGAGGAUUCGAGAUCUCCCACUCUCAUAUUUUCUAUAAUCUUAAUAUGUUUGUUGAUAGAAACGAUUAUGGAUAACUAGUCCUUUUAUGACGUGCACAUUGACUAUACUUAUAUUCGUACUCAAA